AUUUACAUGGAUAAUUCGAGGCUUCUACAAUGCAAACAGUAAACGAACAACUAAAGCCCCUAAUCUUAUUUGGACGUGCCCUUUGAGUGAGAUCUCAAUCGAGCUGCGUUACAGGUCUGGCUAUGAGAGCUGAUGAAAUGCCCGCUGGGUCACUCUUGUUGUCAUUUACGUGAUCAGUACUAGUCCUCCCAUUUUAGCAAGGAAAAAUUAUACAAGCUUUGACAUGCAUAAGUAUCAAAUCCUGUUGUUGGGUGUAAUGGUGGUUCUGUUAACGAACCAAGAAGUUCUAGCAUUCCGGCGACGUUUUAGUUUUUGUAGACGUCGAUCAAGUUACUCCUGGAACAGUUGGAGUGCAUGUAGCGCCCCAUGUGGAACCUCAGGCACACAGACGCGCACAGCUAGCGGCUGUGGAUCCCCGGGGUCGCAAACUCGCCCCUGUAACCGGUUUUGUCAUAACGGAGGGACGCCCAAAGCUACCUCGUGCUCGUGUUCUCUCGACUUUGUGGGGACCUGCUGUGAAACCCCUGUGGUGUACGGGGACCCAUGUACCGAAUACGAGGCAGUGGACGAACCCACCAGGAGCACUGGUUCCUUGAUGAGUCCCGGAAAUGUCCGCUGUGACAGCGGCCUGAGGACCCAGUGGUACCGGUUCGUCAGCCCGGCAGGAGGAGAGAUCCCCACUAACUGCUCUCUUCUGGACCCUACCAGCUGCUCAACCAUCGGGCCUGUUUGGAUGAAAGGCACCCUUCCAUCUACGGCUGAUGGGGAGGUAAUAAGACAGGCCUGCCGGAUCGGAGUCGGGGUGUGUGAGGGAAACUGUUGGGACAUUAAAGUGAAAAGCUGCGUCCGAGAUGGCCAAUCCUACUAUGUCUACCUGCUACCCCCGACACCGGGCUGUCCGGAGGCAUACUGUGCAGAAAACUUCCCCAACAUAACAACCAACCCACAGCUGACCAACAGCUCUCUGCAGUCCGAAGUUGUGCUGCUGUGCGACUUCGACCGCCCGCCAUGGGACAACCUGACCAUGGAAGUCAACUGGGUUGCCGGCAAUGAGAUUUUCCACCAGACCAGUUUGUAUAACGGAGAACAACAGGCCGUACUGCGUCAGACAGAGCUUAGGAAGGGAAUGGGGAAAGAGAUUACGUGCCAAGUCCGUGGAAGGUUUAAGGGUGGAGGAGCUCCUGGUGAGAUAGAAAUCAGCAAUGAGUUCUUCGCCGGAAUUAAGAUUCUGACUGAGAUCGUGGAGGUUGAGGAAAAUGGCGAAGAAAAGUACAUUGAACUCCAACCUACACUACCUCUACUCUGUCUCUACCCUGAGUACAUCAUCCCCUGCAAGAUAUCAGUGCAAGUCGAGUUCAAAGAUGUCGACUACGCAGCAGACCGCCAGUGCCAAGGAAACUCAGUACCCGAUCUGCUGUCGAGUCAGAACUGUGUAAAGGACUUCACGCCAACCGAGUGGAACGGGAUCCUGGAGUUCCCGGUGAAGGCAACCCGCGAUCUCCAGAUAGACGGUAGAAGUGACGGUUGGAGGUACAUGAAGGUCGGGUUUCGCCCUAUGUCCUCCCUGAACUCUCCAUUGUGGGAUGGCUACCAGGUGGAGGAUGUGGACGUACUUACCAAAGAUAAAGACAGAGAAGGAACUGUCUGCUCAUCGACAGGAGAUCCACAUUACAGGUCAUUCGACGGAAAGAGGUUCCACGUGUACCAGGAAGGCACAUUCGUGCUUUACAGGCAUCAAACUCUUCCCAUCGAGGUGCAGACUCGGAUGACGAUGUGCGGUCGUGGAAACGUGGCCUGUAACUGCGGUGUGAGUGUCAGGUCCGGAAAUGAGGUCUUCAUCUUGAACAAGUGCAGUGGAAGCAGACACACGUUACAGUGGCAUACAGGCAACAUAGUCCAAUACGAGCUACCAUUGGGUGUGCGGGUGGACCAUCAUGGGCCUGUCGGAGAUGAAACACGCUUCUUCGUUGCAGAUGGGGGAGAUAAAUAUAUGGUUUAUUUUCCAACUGGGUCGUGGAUGAAACUCACAGUGACUGGGAGAAAAUAUAUGCACAUCUACAUCUACCCUUCUACUGACGAUUUCAUCAACAAGACUGUUGGGCUCUGUGGUACAUUUGACGGCGACAAGGAAAACGACGGGCAACUUUCGGGCUCGACAGCUACAGACGUCGUAGGUGAUGGAGCUGUUAUUACCAACACGGCAUUCGUCAACAGCUGGAAGCUGACAGCGGGCCAAACGCUAUUUGAAGGAUUACUACCUCCAGCGCCUCUACCUCUGGAUGAACGUCUCUACUGCACGUGUAAGGACGACCCAGGCCUCGGACAAACAGUCGUCUGUGACUCCACCCUUGCCUACAACUGUCGAUGGGAGGAUGAAAGAAGUCGGGCCAGGGCUCGCCCUGUUGCUGACCGGCAGCACGCGCGCAAGCGGCGGAGCACCAGCUACAACGACGAGGUGUACGACGACGACAUGUUCGCAUUUGACUAUGACGAUUCGCCAACUACAGUCCCCCCGCCUUCCUGGCCAGCACCAAACGGAAUGACUGAAGCCGAGGCCAGGGCGUACUGUGAGGGCGCUGUGCUGAACUCACCAGCGGGGGGAUUAUGUUCGUCUGCUAUGGCAGAUUCUGGUUCUUCCGACAUAGAGGGAGCUGUGGAGGGGUGUGUGGCCGAUAUUCAGGCAUCAGGCGAUACUUCUUGGGCAGAAGUCGCUGUCACCACAAUGGAGGAAAGCUGUUCAGACAUCCUCUAUAAAAACACGUCUUUCUGGACCAACAACAACAACGAGACGAACAAUGGCACGACCAAUGGCACCCUCGCGGCCCCGUCCUUUUUCUUUGAAACAGUUUCAUGCCCCAGCAACUGUAGCCAGCGGGGUGUCUGUGAGAAGGGCAGGUGUGUGUGUGAGAAGGGGUAUGAAGGCCCGUCCUGUUCCAUAGAAUCAGACAAACCACCAGAUGCGUUCUUCAUCCCGAAGGAAGGUCUGUGUGACAUCAACACCCGGCCGUGCGAACGGACUCCCGUGAUCGGACAGAACUUCAUGGAGUCGGCAAACUUAACGUGUUCCCUACAGUCGGCAACGGUUGACCAGAAUGGCGUACACGUUCUUGAAGGCAACAUCACCGUUGAGGCGGAGUUUGAGAACUUUGCCCGUGUAGUGUGCCCCCUCCCGCGGUCCCGUGUGAGGAGGAGUGCUGCAGCCGGACACAGGACAACAGCCGAGGCGACACUCGUCUCCAUCAGUAACGACGGUGUGCGCUUCAGUCCCCCGGUCCUGCUCAUCACGUAUGACGCCGUCUGUCAAGACUGCAACGCAACUGGCUAUUGCGUUUUAAAGAACAACUCCUGUGAGAUAGACGGAACGUGCUAUGCCAGUGGAGAAACCCAGAUCGGCAACUGGUGUAAUCAGUGCGUCCCGUCAGUCAACGUGUCAUCAUGGAGCGUGCAUCAAGAUAAUGCACCGCCCGUCUUUCAACCAACCGGUAACAUCAUCGCCUUCAUCAACAAUCAGCUGAACUUCACAGUCAAGGCAGAGGACCCGGAAAAUGGUCCCACUCUCAGCUAUUCUCUGAGCGCGACGGUCGGUUGA